UCAUUAUUUCUCCACUCCCUCCAUUUCAUCCAUCAGGUGCAGAAGAAGAAGAAGAAGAAGAGAGGCGACGCACCCUAUCUGAUUGCCAUGGAUCCUCAGUCAGCACAGCUUCAGCAAGCGCAGCUUGCCGCCGUCCUCGGUCCCGAUCCCGCGGCCUUCGAGUCUUUGAUUUCGCACCUGAUGUCAACGUCCAAUGAACAGCGCACGCAGGCGGAGACGAUCUUCAAUCUACUCAAGCAGAACGAUCCUAACUCCCUCGUCCUCAAACUAUCCCAUCUCCUUCAACAAUCGUCGCACCUGGAAGCCCGUGCCAUGGCGGCAAUUCUACUCAGGAAGCAGUUAACUCAGGAUGAUUCUUACAUAUGGCCCAAACUCACGCCAUCUACCCAGUCCUCUCUCAAGUCGGUUCUUCUUUCAUGUGUUCAGAGCGAGGAGGCGAAGACGAUAACAAAGAAGCUUUGCGAUACCAUAUCGGAGCUUGCUUCCAGUUUAUUGCCGGAAAAUGCUUGGCCCGAACUAUUGCCUUUCAUGUUCCAGUGCGUUUCGUCUGAUUCGCCAAAGUUGCAGGAAUCUGCUUUUCUGAUCUUUGCUCACUUGUCCCAAUACAUCGGCGAAAUCCUACUUCCUCAUAUUAAGAACUUGCACACUGUGUUUUUUCAGUGCUUGACCACUUCUCCUCACUCUGAUGUGAAGAUUGCUGCUCUCAGCGCAGUGAUUAAUUUUAUCCAGUGCUUGUCAAACUCAAAUGACCGCGAUCGUUUCCAGGAUUUGUUGCCGGCUAUGAUGAAGACAUUGACGGAAGCGUUGAAUAGUGGGCAGGAAGCUACUGCUCAGGAAGCACUCGAAUUGUUGAUUGAGUUGGCUGGGACGGAGCCAAGGUUCUUGAGGAGGCAAUUAGUUGAUGUAGUGGGAGCAAUGUUGCAGAUCGGUGAGGCAGAAUCUCUUGAAGAAGGAACGAGACAUCUAGCAAUUGAAUUCGUUAUUACAUUGGCGGAGGCAAGAGAGAGGGCGCCUGGUAUGAUGAGGAAGCUGCCUCAAUUUAUCAGUAGGUUAUUUUCCAUUUUGAUGAAGAUGCUAUUGGACAUUGAGGAUGAUCCAGCGUGGCACUCUGCGGAGACUGAGCAUGAAGAUGCAGGGGAGACUAGCAAUUACAGUGUGGGGCAGGAGUGUUUGGAUCGGUUAGCAAUUGCAUUGGGUGGAAACACUCUUGUGCCAGUAGCAUCGGAACAACUGCCAGUCUAUUUAGCCGCUCCAGAGUGGCAGAAGCACCAUGCUUCACUAAUUGCAUUAGCCCAGAUUGCCGAGGGGUGCUCAAAGGUAAUGGUAAAAAAUUUGGAACAAGUAUUGAACAUGGUUCUGAGUUCAUUUCAAGAUCCUCAUCCCCGAGUUCGAUGGGCAGCCAUCAAUGCCAUUGGGCAAUUGUCUACAGAUUUGGGACCAGAUUUGCAAGUUCAGUUUCAUACAAGAGUCUUGCCAGCUCUAGCUUCUGCCAUGGAUGACUUUCAAAAUCCUCGAGUGCAGGCACAUGCUGCUUCAGCUGUGUUGAAUUUCAGCGAGAACUGCACCCCUGAUAUUUUGACGCCGUACUUGGAUGGAAUGGUGAAUAAAUUGCUUGUGCUUUUACAGAAUGGUAAACAAAUGGUACAAGAAGGGGCCUUGACUGCUUUAGCGUCAGUUGCUGAUUCAUCACAGGAACACUUCCAAAAUUAUUACGAUACAGUUAUGCCUUACCUGAAAACUAUCCUGGUGAAUGCAACCGAUAAGUCUAACCGCAUGCUUCGAGCAAAAGCAAUGGAGUGCAUCAGUUUGGUUGGAAUGGCUGUUGGGAAAGAGAAGUUCAGAGAUGAUGCUAAGCAGGUUAUGGAAGUGCUAAUGUCGCUACAAGGUUCACAGAUGGAAACAGAUGAUCCAACUACAAGUUACAUGUUACAAGCUUGGGCUAGACUGUGCAAGUGCUUGGGACAGGAUUUCUUACCUUAUAUGAGUGUUGUGAUGCCGCCACUGUUGCAAUCAGCUCAACUUAAACCUGAUGUGACAAUUUCAUCGUUAGACUCCGAUAACGAGCUUGAUGAGUCUGAUGAUGACAGUAUGGAAACUAUUACUCUUGGGGACAAAAGAAUAGGGAUCAAAACAAGUGUUCUUGAGGAGAAAGCUACGGCAUGCAACAUGCUAUGUUGCUAUGCUGAUGAGUUGAAGGAAGGUUUUUACCCAUGGAUUGAUCAGGUUGCUCCAACAUUAGUUCCACUUCUGAAGUUCUAUUUCCAUGAAGAAGUUAGAAAAGCAGCUGUUUCAGCUAUGCCAGACUUAUUGCGUUCAGCAAAAUUAGCUGUAGAAAAGGGACUUGCUUCAGGACGUAACGAGUCUUAUGUCAAGCAGCUUUUGGAUUAUAUUGUGCCAGCCUUAGUAGAAGCACUACACAAGGAGCCUGAUACGGAAAUAUGUGCAUGCAUGCUGGAUGCUUUGAAUGAAUGUCUGCAGAUUUCUGGACCACUUCUGGAUGAAGGCCAGGUCAGAAGCAUUGUGGAUGAGAUAAAACAGGUUUUGACUGCUAGUUCAAGCAGAAGAAUAGAAAGAGCAGAGAGAACAAAAGCUGAAGAUUUUGAUGCUGAGGAGAGUGACUUGCUCAAGGAAGAAAAUGAGCAAGAAGAAGAAGUUUUUGAUCAAGUUGGCGAAAUUCUGGGAACUUUGAUAAAAACAUUCAAGAGUUCUUUCUUACCUAUGUUUGAUGAGCUCACAUCAUACCUCACGCCUAUGUGGGGAAAAGACAAAACACACGAGGAGAGAAGAAUAGCUAUUUGCAUCUUCGAUGAUGUUGCAGAGCAGUGUCGGGAAGCAGCUCACAAGUAUUAUGAGAUAUACCUUCCUUUCCUUUUGGAAGCUUGCAAUGACAACAACACUGAUGUUAGACAGGCUGCUGUUUAUGGACUUGGUGUUUGUGCUGAAUUUGGUGGUUCUGUUUUCAAACCUCUGGUUGGAGAGGCUCUUUCAAGGCUAAAUGUUGUUAUAAGGGAUCCUAAUGCUUUGCAAGUUGAGAAUGUAAUGGCUUAUGAAAAUGCAGUUUCUGCAUUAGGAAAGAUAUGUCAAUUCCAACGUGAUGCUGUAGAUUUAUCUCAGGUUGUUCCUGCAUGGUUGAAUUGCCUACCAAUAAAAUGUGAUUUGAUCGAAGCAAAAGUUGUUCAUGACCAGCUAUGUUCAAUGGUAGAAAGAUCUGCUAUAGAAGUGUUGGGUCCCAACAAUGAGUAUCUUCCUAAAAUUGUUUCUGUAUUUGCUGAGGUUUUAUGUGCGGGGAAGGAUCUUGCAAGUGAAGAAACUGUGAGCAGAAUGGUAAAUCUUCUGAAGCAGCUUCAACAGACACUAUCACCUUCUGCGUUGGCUUCAACCUGGUCGUCCUUGCAGCCUCAGCAGCAGCUUAUUUUGCAGUCCAUACUCUCAUCCUGACCGAUAAAAGAAAUGAAAAGGUGGAAGAGCUUGUUGUGUUUUUUUGUCUAGUUGUUGUUGUUGUGUCUGUUGUGAGGGUGAUUAUUGGUUUGCCAAUUCAUUUGCUAUAAGAAGCCAUAUUCAUACCAAAAAUUGUUUCCAUGGUGUGUGUCAUUUGCUUUACAGCAGUAAGUAAAAGGGUUUUGAGUGCUGAGUGAGUGCCAAAUCUUAUGGAGAUGAUGGUUCACAAGUCAGAGUAUAGUAUAUCCAACAAAAGGAUAUUUUCAACCUCGAGAGGAGGGUAAAAACACGUCAAAGGGACCCUUUGACGAAAAGAGACAGAAUUUGGAUCAGGUUGAGUAUGGUUGGUUGUAUGUAGGCAAGGGAAUUCCUGUCUCAGUUUUGGUCUCCUGGUUUUCUUUUCUUUUUUCUUUUUUUGUGACAAAUAAGUUAUUGGAAUUCUGAACCUUCUUUUUUGGGGAAAAAAAAAGAUGUUUGAAUGAAGAACUCUUGUGGUA